AUGGCAUCAUGCAAAACAUGGAACAAAGAAAUGUCUCGCGAAUUUUCUCUGUAUAAGCGAGUAAUGUGGCCGCUCGGUUCAUGGCCUUUAGAUCAUGGUAGAAACUUUGCAAAAUUGCGUGCGCUGCUUCUUAUACUCACACAGACUACGAUGAUAGUUUAUAUAGGCGUGGACAUUAGUUUUCACAGCAAUGUCACUUUGGUUAUGGUCAUCGAUCAUUUCAUAUUAGGGUCAUGCGCGACUUUGACUAUCGUAAGGAUAGCGAUGAUACGGUUGCAUCGCGACAAUUUGUUAAAAAACCUUGUUAAUGCAUCGAAUGACUGGACGUAUAUCACAAAACAGGAUCAUCGACAAGUCAUGUUUCGCUACACCAACUUAGGCAGAUUUGUCUUUUUCUUUCAAAUUGGUUUCUCGUAUUUUGCCAUUAUGCCGUUGAUAGUUGAAUCACUUUUAUCCUUUGCGACGAUGCCUUCAGAAAACGUAACAUUAACUGCAAAAUCCGAGAAAGAGAUGCGAGCAAUGCAGCUACCUCUAGAGAUGAUCUGUCCGUUCGAUGAUCAGAUCGUUUGCUUCAGUAUGUGUAUUCUUCAAUCUAUUCAGCUGAUCAGCACAUGCGCGGGGUAUGUUGGCAGUGAUGUUUUCUUCUUCGGUGUUUGCAUGCAUCUUUGUGGACAAUUGGAAGUGCUCGGCCAAGAAUUGCUGCAGUUUCACGAAAGAAAGAAGAAUGGUUAUUGGAAACGAAGUAAAAUGAUCACACUGAUCGAGAGGCACUGUUUGCUUCUGAAUCUAGCCAAAGACAUCGUUGCUGUACUUGAUAUCAUUUUGAUUGCUCAGCUGAUUCUCCACGCUAUGUUUAUAUGUUUAAUAGGAUUAAUGUUUAUUGAAUCGUUGAUAAAUAGUGAUUUUGUUCUUGUCAUGAGAAGUAUAAGCUCUAUUAAUAUAGUGAUGAUACAGCUGUUCUUAUACAGCUAUAUGGGAGAAACUCUGUCAUCAAGAACGCAAGCAAUUUCUCAUGCCAUUUAUUUAAGUAAGUGGUACGACUUGCCUACAAAUAUUCUGCGAGAUGUUAUUCUAGCAUUGAAAGACAACGACACUGCUAUGGCAACAAAAAGUAUAAUGACUAUGAUGAUAAUUUAUAUAGGCGUGGACAUUAGUUUUCACAACAAUGUCACUCUGAUUAUGGUCAUCGAUCACCUCAUGCUAGCAUCAUGCGGGACUUUGGCUAUUGUAAAGAUAGCGGUGAUACGGUUGCAUCGCGACAACUUGUUGAAAAUCCUCGUCAAUGCAUCGAAUGACUGGACGUAUAUCACAAAACAGGAUCAUCGGCAAGUCAUGUUUCGUUACACUAAUCUAGGCAGAUUUGUCUUCUUCUUUCAGAUGGGUUCCACGUAUUUUGUCAUUAUGCCGUUAAUAGUUGAAUCACUUUUAUCCUUUGUGACGAUGCCUUCACAAAACGUAACAUUAACUGCAAAAUCCGAGAAAGAAAUGCAGCUACCUCAAGAGAUGAUUUGUCCAUUCGAUAGUCAGAUCGUUUGCUUCAGUAUGUGUAUUCUUCAAUUUAUUCAGCUGAUCAGCACAUGCACGGGGAAUGUUGGCAGCGAUGUUUUCCUCUUCGGUAUUUGUAUGCAUCUCUGUGGACAAUUGGAAGUGCUCGACCGAGAAUUGCUGAAAUUUCACGAAAGAAAGGAGAAUGGUUAUUGGAAACGAUGUAAAAUGGUCACACUGAUCGAGAGGCACUGUUUGCUUCUAAAUCUAGCCAAAGACAUCGUUUCUGUACUCGAUAUCAUUUUGAUUGCUCAGCUGAUUCUCCACGCUUUGUUUAUAUGUUUAAUAGGAUUAAUGUUUAUUGAAUCGUUGGUAAAUAGUGAUUUUGUUCUUGUCAUGAGAAGUAUAAGCUCUAUUAAUAUAGUGAUGAUACAGCUGUUCUUAUACAGCUAUAUGGGAGAAACUCUGUCAUCAAGAACGCAAGCAAUUUCUAACGCCAUUUAUUUAAGUAAGUGGUACGACUUGCCUACAAACAUUCUGCGAGAUGUAUAUUUCAUAAUAGCUCGUGCUAAUGUACCCGUUCGUUUAAAAAGCAUAAUAGUGAUCUUGCCUUCCAUGGAGUUUUACAUGGGCUGUACUAACACGGAGCAGAAUAUAGACGGUCUUAUGUUAGCCUGUUGUGGUGUACUCGGAGUGUUCAAGACUAUAUGUUUCCGUAUUUACGCGAAAAACUUAACUGACAAUUACAGUUCUGCCCGGAAUGAUUAUUUGACGAUUGAAAACACAGAGAACCGUGCUAUCAUGCGGAAACACGCUUCUAUGGGAAGAAUUCUCUCCUGUUUCAUGGUGUGUUUCUCUUACAUUAGUGUAAUGAUAUAUUCGCUAAUACCCCUUCUUGGUGAAGAUCUGGUUGAUGAUCAAGAUGAUCAAAUCAACAGAACAAAUGAAGGCCAAAUGAACCAAAUAGUAUUGGACUAUCCAAUGCCGUCAAGAUGCGCGUUAGAAUAUUUGCACGUCCCAAGGAGCAUGUAUGAAUUUAUCUGUAUCUUCGAGUUUAUUGUGCUAAUACUUACGUGUACCUGUAAUCACGGUAAUGAUUCUUUGUUUCUCAAUAUUACAUUGCAUAUGUGCGGCCAAGUAAAAAUUCUUAAAGCCAAUUUCGUCAAUUUUGCUGUCUCAAAUCCACAAGUCUACGAUCGUUUCAAUGAUCUAAUUCAGAGGCAUAUUUGUCUGAUGGAAUUAUCCAAGGAACUGACCGAAUCGAUCAGUGUAGUUUUGUUAACGCAGUUAUUUAUUAGCAGCAUUCUGCUGUGUAUAAUGGGAUUUCAAUUUAUCUCAGCGUUAAAAACACACAACGUUGUUGUUAUGGGGAAAAGCGCUAUGGUAUUGUGUACCUUCUUAACGCAGUUGUCCAUAUAUAGUUUUGUCGGUGAUCAUUUGAAGUCUCAAAUGGAAGAAAUUGGAUUUUUCAUUUAUCAAAGCAACUGGUUGGUCAGUGCGGAAGGACUAGAUGCGUAUAGACGUAGUAAUUUGCUUCGGGGCAAAAGUAAGCCAUCGACCCGAGCAAUAUCCGGUCACGCAGGACUACAAUUUUUCUUUUUGAGGUCGAAACCAACUAAUACAUCGCAGAACAUGAAGACGAAUUGGAACAGUGGUAUAGAUUAUGGUUUCUCUAUGAUAAAAUCGAUGAUGUGGAUACUUGGUUUAUGGCCUUUGCAGCAGGAUAAUAUAGUUUACACGAUUCAGUGGUUCAUAAUAUUUAUAGCAGGGUCUCUCACAAUGAUCAACGUGCUGAUAGAAGCUUUCAAGAGCUGUGAUGCUGUUAGAGACGGUUUGGAUAUUCUUCGUCUAAUAGAAAGCUGCAUGCAUGCGUGGUCGAACAUUGUUUUUCCGCGAAUUUACAUGAAAAAGAUUGCCAUUAAUCUUAAUUCUGCAAUCGACGACUGGUCAUCUCCGUCUAUGAAGAAAGAGUCGCGCAUGGUGAUGAUGGGAUAUGCACGUGCAGGACGUCUAAUCGCCCUGACUCACUUGAUCGCUGGAGCAACAGCAGGCGCCUUAUGGUUCAUAUCCGUCUUCCUCAGCAAUAAACAAGAGGCUGCAAUUAUAAAUAAUGAUACUGUAGCUACAUGGAAUUUUGUCAUUCCGUCAACGUGUCUGUACAAAGGGGUUUCGUAUUCCACGUACAAAAUAUUGUUUAUGAUGCAAGUAAUACAAGGAUCUUUGAUAUUGAUAUCAGAAUGCGCUUGCGACAGUUUUUUCUUCGGCAUCACUAUGCAUCUUUGCGGUCAACUAGAACUUUUGAGGAUACAAUUUACGGAGAUCAGCAAGAAACAUUACGACGAAAAGUGUCAUAGAAAUGUUUUAGGGCCAUUGGUCAAAAGACAUUGCCAGUUGAUAGCAUUGACCAAAAAUAUUGAAGACGCUUUUAAUAUCAACAUUUUAUUACGACUUUUAAUAAUUAGCGUAGUUAUUGCAUCUUCAGGAGUAGGGAUUCUCCUGUCAAUCAAGCAACAAGAUUAUAAGGAAAUGAUAAAAAUGUUCAUGUCUAUUCAAUUUUAUAUGGUACAAACUUUUUUGUAUACGUAUGCCGGCGAUACUUUGAAGAAUCGAAGCGAGUCAAUUGUCUAUGCCAUAUACAGCACCGCAUGGGACGAAAUGUCACCUGUCAUGGUGAAAGAUCUGAUAUUCAUUAUGAUGAGAAUGAAGACUCCUCUUCGAAUCAUGCAUCUCUCCUUGACUGCCAUAAUGUCAUCGAAUGACGAUAUAGCGUACGCUAUGACCCUCGUCAAACACUUAACUGUACCCAUAGGUGCUUGGCCCUUGCAAGAAUACAAUAAGUUCGCUUUAUUGUGUCAUAUCUUGUCUAGUUUUGGGUUGAGUGUGGUGGUAAUCAUACAAUAUCUCGAACUCUAUUACAAUUGCACAAGCGCGACCGCGAAUCUUGAUGCUCUCACGCUCUUUUCAUGCGGUAUUCUUGCUUUAACAAAAAUAAUAUGGUUUCGUAUAUAUGCUGAUAAUCUGAUUUGCAAUUAUUCUUCUGCUAUGAAUGAUUAUGCUACAAUCGACACCGAGGAGAAGCGCAUCAUUAUGCGAAAUCACGCUUUCUGGGGAAGGAUAAUCUGCAUUAUUGCCUUAUUGAUAUCUUAUGUCGAUUCGGUGAUAUUCAUCGUGGGACACGCACAACUAAGCAGCGAGGAAGCUAAAACUAAUAUAACUAUCCUGGGCCAUCAAGCAGGGUAUGCUAUUCCGUCAACAUGUAGUGAUUCUGUAUUUCUUCAUAUUGUAUUACACGUGUGCGGUCAACUGGAAAUUUUAAAGGCAAAUUUUAUUAACUUUGACGUAACAAGUCCAAAAGUCUAUGAACGUUUUAACACAUUAAUUUUGAGACACGAUCAUUUGAUAAGAAUGACCAGAAAGCUUGCUGAAAUAAUUAGAUUCGUUUUGAUGGUACAACUUUUUGUCAGCAGUAUGCUUAUAAUUAUAGUAGGAUUCCAAUUUAUCAUUGCCUUAACAACUAACGACUAUGGUAUGAUGUCAAAAAGUUUUUUGGUACUUAGCGCUUUUUUGGUGCAAUUAACGCUAUAUAGUGUUGUCGGAGAUUAUUUAAAGACGCAGAUGGAAGAAGUCGCGCAGUCUGUUUAUUAUAGCUUUUGGUAUGAUCUUCCUGUAAAAGUAACAAAAAGCAUGGUAUUUAUCAUGAUGUGGACUCAGUUUCCGAUUAAACUACAAGCUGGACACUUUGUUGUAGUAGAUUUGGGAACUUACAUGAGCAUUUUAAAAACGUCUAUUUCAUAUUUAUCCGUUUUACGCACCGCGAUGAUGAUCAUGUUAUUCCUCGAAAUCAUUUUCGGUAGCGGCGAUGCAUAUAUAAAACUUGAUGCUCUUAUGCUUAUGUUCUGCAACGUUCUCUCUGUACUGAAGCUAUUGUCAUUCCGCAUAUAUGCCGAUAAUAUGAUUCGCAAUUUCACGUCUGCUAUAAACGAUUAUCUCGCGAUCGACAACAAAAAGAAGCGCGCGAUCAUGCGGCAACAUGCAUUCAUGGGAAGAAUGAUUAGCUGCAGUAUCUUAUUUUUCGCUUAUUUGGCUUCAACAAUUUUCUGUCUGGUGCCUAUAAUAGCUGGCGAUGGAGAAAAUAUUCAACUUAAUAUAUCCAUUAAAAACCAAGCAUCGGAUUUACCCAUACCUUUAACAUGGUCGUUAGGAAGCUAUCGUCUCUCUACGAGUUUAUUCUUCGUGAUAUCUAUAGUGCAAUAUUUUCUAUUGGUGCUCAAUAGCAACUGCAAUUGUGGUAGUGAUUCAAUUUUCCUUGCUAUCAGUACACAUGUUUGUGGACAAAUGGAAAUCCUAAAAAUGGAAUUUGUCAAUUAUGGCGUGGAAAGCAAGAACAUAUUUGAUGAUUUUUCAAUAUUGGCAUCAAGACAUCAUUAUCUAAUAGAGCAUGCGGAACUUCUGGUCGAAGUAAUAAGUUUCGUUUUGCUCGUGCAAAUAAUGUUUAGUUGUCUUAUUAUUUGUUUGAUUGCUUCAUCAAUUUUUACACUGGCACCUAUGAUAACAGGCGAUGAGGAUGUCCAAGUUAAUGUAUCCAUUAAAAAUCAAGCAGCAAAAUUACCCGUGCCCAUAACAUUUUUAGGGGAUUUACAAAUUCCUACGGGUAUAUACUUCGUAAUCUCUACGGUGCAAUAUUUUAUACUGCUGCUUACUGGUACCAGCAAUUGUGGUUUUCAAUUUAUCUUGGCAUUGAAAUCGCAUGAUGUAAUAAUGAUAACUAAAACUAUUACAGUGCUGAGUACUCUACUGUUACAGUUAUUCUUCUACAGUUUUGUGGGCGAUUAUAUGAAGUGUCAAAUGGAACAAGUCGCUCACUCAAUUUACAGCUCCAACUGGUAUUACUUACCAACUAAAUUGAUGAGGAACGUUUCGUUAGUAAUCAUGAGAUCGCAACAACCUGUUCAAUUGCUAGCGGCUUCAUCAAUUUUCAUGCUGACGCCUAUGCUAGCAGGCAAUAAGAACAUCCAAAUUAAUGUAUCUAUUAAAAACCAAGCAUCGGAAUUACCCGUGCCCUUAACAUGGGCUUUAGGAAAUUUUAAUCUCUCUACGAAUUUAUACUUGUUGAUCUCUGCGGUGCAGUAUAUCCUAUUGGUGCUUAACAGCACUAGCGAUUGUGGUAAUAAACAAAUUAUUAAUAUCGAAGAGACU